AUGAGACUUUAUCUCAUGGUGCGACAACCAAAGGCGGCCACUCAGAAAGAAUUGACACUUGAGCCAAUAGAGGAUCAAAGCAUUUGUCUCGUACAGACAACAUGGCUGUUCUUGCAGAAGACAGCAGAUCUCAGGAAGACCCUCCCAGAAGACCACACCCUUUUUCUUGCUCACAUUGGUACAUCUCAAACAAGAAGCAUAAGACCAUCCACAUUGGAAACACCACUCAACCAGGUCUGCUGCAGCAACUAUAGCAAGGAUAAGAGGAGUGUCCAUUCAAGACAUCAAGCAACAACCUAUGGAGAAAUAAUCUCAUUUGAAGGAUGGGGUUCCAAUGGACAAUGGGAAUUGUCUGAACUCCUAGGAGUGAUGGACAAUAAACAUUGUUUGAGGGAUGACGUCUCAAGAAUGAGGUGGUACCCACCCACCAUUUCCCUUAAGCAGGCCAUCGAAUUGUAUGGCGCAACUAGGAAGAGAUAG